AUGUACAUAUUUGCCCUAUGGUUCGUGAAGACUAUACUGGGCGUCCGCGCGGCGCGCAUAAAGUACCGCAUCUUCGCGCCCGUCAUGUCCGGCAAUCCCGACUUUGACCGCGUCAUCCGCGUGCAGGCCAACUUCGUCGAGCAGUUUCCGUCAUUCAUCACGGCCAUGUUCCUCUGCACGCUGUUUGAAGGCGGUACAGUGGCAGCAGCACUGGGUGCUGUGUGGGUGGUCUGUCGUGCCGCACAUGGGGAGCGGUAUAGUGCACGCAAGCUAGGUCAUGGAGCAACAGAGCUGCCAAUCCAUCAUGAGUUCAAUUCACACGUCAUCAAGAGCCUCUUGUCACUUGUGAAUGCGAAGUAG